CAAAUUUCAGUUAUUUCAUUUUCGGAAGCGCAAAUAUGUCGGAUACAGGUCGUAGUCCAGGACGUGCAGCAAGAGCUGGUUCCGGGGGAACUACAGUGCGGCAGAGACGUGGUGGUCCUUCUGCAGGUUCAGGGCGUUCAGCACGUGGUGGCGUAGGUAGUGGUGGUUUAUGGCGUUUUUAUACAGAAGAUGCAACCGGCCUAAAAAUUGGGCCAGUCCCAGUGCUCGUCAUGAGUCUCGUUUUCAUAGCUUCUGUUUUCAUACUGCACAUCUGGGGCAAGUAUACCCGCUCACAUCACUGAUGAUUCAUUCAUGUGAAACUGCAGAUUUAGUUAUAUUUUUGCUCAUUAGGUAAGUUGUGAAGAUGAACUGAUGUGAAAAGCUUUUCUUUGAAGAGAUAAGUUUUUGUCAUUGGCUUCAUGGUCUAGACCCCUUGUCCAGUUCUUAUUCUAGAACAGGUGUUCCUUGUGACCGCAAUUUUCCCACAAUAAGGAAUUGGCAAUGUGAAAAGAAAUCAUUUGUUUUAUCAUAGAUAAACAAUUAGAAUGUUUUUUUGUUAAAUUUGUUUAAUGUUUCAAAUUCUUGAUAUUUUUGUGGUUCUGGAAUUGUUAGCUAGAUCCUUUUGUUUGAUAAUUGUUUGAUAUUAUUAACUUGUGAUAGUAAUUUAUACAUGAAUACGCGAUGAACUCCUGUCAUGUAACAUGGCAUAACGUUGAUGGAUUAACUAUUUACACCUGACUUAGGAACAGUUGCAAAAUAGUUUCAUUGUGGCUCUUUAUUUCAAUCAACGUUAGCUG